AUGGGGCACUAUAUCAAUCCGGAAGUUGACUAUAGCGAUGUCGUCUUUUAUAAACUCAGGUGUCUACCCAAAGAUCCGUCGGCAAUGAACAAUAAAGUUCAUGUAGAUGAGACUGAACCAACAGGGCUGGAAGAGCCACCGUUUGAAUGUCGAGAUGUUGUAAUUAAGAAAGAUAAAUGGGUAACAGGAGAAUAUGACGUGAAAGAUGUUAUGUUAGGAAGAGGAAAAUUUGGAGAAGUGAAGAAAUGCACAGAGAAGAAAUCUGGCCGGAUGUUGGCAGCUAAAUUCAUAGAAAUGAAUGGACCACAAGAUAAAAAGGAAAUCUUAAAUGAAGUUGAAAUUAUGAAACACCUACAACAUCCCCGAUUGUUACAACUAUACGACGCCUUCGAGAAGAAAAACUGUGUUUGUCUGGUGCUAGAAUUAAUAUCUGGUGGUGAACUAUUUGAACGUGUGAUUAACGAUGACUUCAUCCUCACAGAGAAAGCGUGUGUCAUGUUCCUCAGACAGAUUUGUGAAGGUGUAUCCUUUAUGCACUCACAGAACAUUCUCCAUUUAGACAUGAAGCCAGAAAAUAUUUUAUGUCUAUCCAGAGAAGGAAACAGAAUAAAAAUCAUAGAUUUUGGUCUGGCCAGAAAAUACAAUCCAAAAGAAGAUUUACGCGUGUUAUUUGGAACACCAGAAUUUGUUGCACCGGAAGUGAUCAACUUUGACCCUAUCAGCACAGCCUCAGAUAUGUGGAGUGUCGGGGUUAUUACUUAUGUAUUAUUAUCUGGUCUGUCUCCAUUUAUGGGUGAUAGUGAAUGUGAAACACUCUCAAACGUCACUUCCGCUACCUGGGAUUUCAAUGCCGAGGAAUUUGACAGUAUUUCUAACGAAGCGAAGGACUUUAUCAGUAAACUUCUCUUAAAAGAUAAAAGGAAAAGAAUGUCUGCUAAUGACUGCUUGGAACAUCAGUGGCUCAGGAGAUCACUAAAACGUGAAGGUCAUUUACCAGAAAGGUCGUUAUCCAAGAAAAGAUUAAAGAAAUUUGUGUACAGACGAAAGUGGCAGAAAGCCAUCAACGCCAUGUUAGCAUUAAGACGAAUGGGCGUGUCUCUGACGUAA